CGUCCGACGGCCGGCAUCAUGUUACCCUCGUACGCGAUGCCGAGGUUGGGAUGGAAUUAGAGGUAGUAUAAAUACGUAGGGGCCCAUCGCUGACCGAGAAUGUGGGAAGCCUCAAGGCCUACCGUCCGCUCCAACCCAAAGCGCGGCCCCCACAAUCUUCGAUACGAUGCGUCCGUCUCUCCCCUCGGCUCUCGCCGGUGGGCUGCUCGUCCAGGGCGCCACCGCCCUCUGGCUCUUCCCCGAGGCUCGCAACUUCAUCUAUAUCGUGCCCGAUGGUUACGGCCAGGCUAGCCAGACGAUGGCUCGCGACUACGUCUCGCUGCUGCGGAAUGGAGAGAAUCCCAAGGCACCCGUGAGCAUCCAGCUUGCCGCCGACAACAUGGUCAUUGGCCUGGUCCGCACUCAGGCGAGCGACAAUCUCAUCACCGACUCGGCGGCUUCGGCUACCGCGUUUGGCUGCGGCGUCAAGACAUACAACAACGCCAUUGCCGUCGAUGACGAUGGAUUGCCCGUCGGUUCUAUUCUCGAGGCCGCGAAGCUCAAGGGCUUCAAGACGGGUCUCGUGGUAACGUCGACGAUUAACCACGCAACACCAGCAUGCUACGCGGCGCACGUCAAGAACCGCAACUCGUACGCCAAGAUUGCCGAGCACGAAAUCGGGUACUCCCACCCCCUCGGGCCCGUCGUCGACAUUCUCCUGGGUGGUGGACGAUGCUAUUUCAAGCCGCAAUCGGACCCUACCUCGUGCCGGAAGGACGACGUUGACUUGUUCGGGUUCGCCAAAACGAAGGGUUUCCGCGUCCUGCAGGAUCGUGCUGGUUUCGACGAGCUCAAGAAGGGCAAAGCCAAGGCUGCUGAUCUGCCCUACAUCGGUCUGUUCAAUGACGAUCAGAUGAUGUACGAGAUCGAUCGAUCCCGCCAGCCUGAACAAGAGCCCUCGCUGCUCGAGAUGGUGGAGACCGCGCUCAAUUCGCUGGACCGCGCCACUAAGUGGAGUUUGAAGGGGUAUUUCCUGAUGAUUGAGGCCUCGCGAAUUGACCACGCCGGACACGCCAACGACCCCGCGGCUCAUCUUCACGACACCAUCAUGUACAACGACGUGAUGGGUUUCGUCAGGGAGUGGAUCGACCUGCACCCCGACACCAUAAUGCUGUCUGCUGCUGACCAUGAGUGCGGCGGACUGACAUUGAAUGGAUUCAACCCCCUCCCUCUUAAGCAGGUUUCCAUGUCCAUUGAACAAGUGAAUCGCCUAUGGGGAGAUUUCAAUGGAACCGACCGCAGGGAGUAUCUGGUCGAAACCAUACUGCCCGGGUACGGGCUCGCUGGUCUCUCGGAUUCCGAGAUCGACACGAUCCUCCGCAACAACAACCUCGGUGGAGACUUGACCAGUCGUCUGAGCAGGAAGGCGGGUGUCAAUUGGUCGACCGGUGGCCACACGGCGUCGGACGUCACCCUGUACGGGUACGGAAACGGCUGGAGGGGAGGUAACCUCAAGUCGGACAUGGCAGGAAACCACGACAACACGGAACUGCCCAAAUAUAUCGAAGGAGUCUUGAAGGUGAAGUUGGACGAUGCGACGAGGGAGCUUCGCCGUCGCGGCACCGACUGGGUUGGGAAAAGAGAGGUAGCUGGCCCCGAUCACGUCCAUGACCACGACCAUAACCACUAGAUGAAACCGAUUCCGUGAGGAAGCGGGAUUGGUAUCAGCGAACAGCAAUGGUGCAAUGCCGCAUGAUCGUAAAUCCAGUCUUUGUUUAAUGAUGUUGGUAAACGAAUGCCGACGCUAAUCUAUCGUGAACGUAACCUCUAUUUGGAGCUUUUG